ANAAUAUAAAGAAUUUAAAGAAUUUUAUAAAAAAUAUACAUUAAAAAAUAGGAAAAAGCCAAAGAGGGCCAGUUCCAUAUUAAGUUUUAUAUUUAGCCUCAACCCAGUAAACUCUAAUAACAUUUGUUCUUAUUGUAAAAAACCAUUUGAUAAACGAUUAUGGUGUGAAGAAUGUGAUCCACGUAAUAUAAUUGAAGGUUGGACGAGUGAAGAUAUUAAGGUUGAUAAAUUUAUAAAAGACACAAUGUAUGAUGCAAGAAAUAAUGAUAGUUAUUUUAAUCACUUUCUUGAAUGGGUUCCAUUUGAGAGGUUAGCAAAUGUAGAACAAAUUGGUGAAGGUGGUUAUUUUAAAGUAUAUUCCGCUGUAUGGGUAGAUGGUAAAUCAACCUGUAUAAAUAAACCGAUAGAUAAAUCAUUUCGAAGAGUAUCAAAUCUUAAACCUCUUAUGAAAGUUGUUUUGAAAAAGUUAAAAGUAUCACAUAAUGGUAUGCCAGAUUUAUUUUUAAAUAAGCUUAAAUUACAUUGGAAUAUUAAUUUAAAAGAUAUUAAUAAUAAUUUAAAAUUUUAUGGGAUGACCAAAGAUCCAAUUGCAGAUGAAUUUAUGAUAAUUACAGAAUUUGCAGACCAAGGAAAUUUAAGAGAUUUUCUUUCAACUAAAUUUAACAGUUUUUUAUGGAAAGAUAAACUUGAAUUAUUAUCAGAUUUAUUAUUAAAUCUUAGUCAUUUACAUAAAUCAGGUUAUUUUCAUAAAAAUCUUCAUAGUGGUAAUAUCUUAAUGAUUGAUGGUUGUGCUCAUAUUUCAGAUUUUGCUUUAUCUGGUUCAAUAAAUGAUCAGGAUAAUAAAGUAUAUGGUGUAUUACCUUUUAUUGCUCCGGAAGUUUUAAUUGGGGACCCUUAUACUACAUCAUCCGAUAUUUAUAGUUUUGGUGUAAUUAUGACUGAAUUAUCAUCCGGAAAACCUCCUUUUUAUGAUAAAUGUCAUGAUUUGGGUUUAGUAUCUGCUAUUUGUAAAGGUCUUAGACCAAAAUUUGGUUUUGCAACUCCUAAAGCUUAUAGGAAAUUGGCUCUUAAAUGUAUGAGUUCUAAUCCAGCUAAAAGACCAACAGUUGAAGAAUUAGAUAAUGUAUUGAAAUUUUGGUAUAGAUCUAUUUUAAGUGAUCAAUGUUAUAAAGAAAGAGAAUUAUUUGGUUAUAAAGGAAAUGAAAUUAAAGCUAUGUUUAAAGAUUCUGACGAAGAAAUACCGGUUAUUUCGACUUCAUAUAGGAAAAAUCCUUAUGCAAUAUAUAUUAGUCGUGCAUUUGAUUUUACUAAUUUAUUAAAACCUAUCGGAAGAUCUAUUAUUUCAUAUCGAUUAUCUAGUGAGAAAUAUAAUAAUCGAUUAUCAAAUGAAUUAAAAAAAUCAAAAUCUAUGUGUAUUAGUCGAUCUAUGUCGAAUGAAGUUUCAUUUGAGAGAAAACCAAAUCCUUUGUAUAUUAGUCGUCGAUCUAAGUCAAGUGAAGCUUUAUACGAGAAAAAACCAAUUUCUAUGUAUAUUAGUCGUCCAUCUAUAGAUUCUAUUAACGAAGAUGAAUCUGUAAUUUCAUAUGAUAGUAACCGACCAUCUAUAGAGUCUGAUGAAACUACAUAUGAUAGAAACAUAAUUUCUAUGUAUAUUAAUCGACAAUCUAUAUCUGCUAACGACGAAGAAGUCUCAUAUGUAAGAAAUAUCGAUUCUUUAUAUAUUAAUCGACUAUCUGCUAAUAAGGAUGAAAUCUCAUAUGAAAGUUCGCUUAUUAAUCGAACACCUACAAUAAAAUCUAUUCAUUCUAUUGAUGAGAUCGAUGAAAGUAAUUCUGAUUCUACAUAUAUUAAUAAUCUACCGUCUACAUAUCCGUCUACAUAUAAUGAUUUUUCAAAAACUAAAACUAAUAGUUUUUCUCGUAUUUCUUAUCUUAAAGAUAAUGAAGAAGGCACGAUAAUAUCUCCUUUUCAUAAUAUAUAUUUUUAAAGUAUAGUGAGGCGUUUGUGAUGAAUUGUGGUGAAUUGGUGUAAUUAAUACUUUAAUUAUUUAUUAUUUUAUACUUAUUUGAUAUUUUAUUUUUUUAUUGUUAAUAAUUUUUUGAUUUUUUUUUAUUUAAUGGGAUAGUAUUACAUAUUAGAAUAUUGUUUAAUUUUGAUAGCUGUAUAUUUUCAUCUUUAAUAUAAAUAAAAUUAAUUAUUCGUUCAUUCUGUU